CGGAAGUUGCCGUGUGAGAUCAUGAUGGCAGAUAAGAGAAAUUCUGCAUCAGUUACGUGUUACCUGGAUGAGAGGACCUUCCAGCUUUGCUGCCAGCUCUUUCUUCAACAUUCUGAGACCAUCCAGGAUGGCUGGAGCUGGGAGCAGAUCAAGGGCACUGAUGAAGGCUUCAUGAAGAAGUGUGUUCUCGUUCCUGUAAGAUCAAACGUAUUACACAGUCAACAUGGAUGUUCCAUGCAGGCAGAAAUCAUGGAUCCUCUAACAGAGGAAAUUCAGGCAAAUGUUGAGGAUGAAACGGCUGGAGUUCAGGCAGUAUGUGAGAGUCACGCUGUGCUGAGUUAUGAAUACCACGUUCUGUAUUCUUGCAGCUAUCAGAUCCCCAUACUCUAUUUCAGAGCCACAACGUUAGGAACAUCUUUUACUGGGCCAGCCAUUUUUCAUGCUUCAUCCGUGUCACACCGAGGAGUUUAUGAAACCUGCUCUGGAUUUGGCACAAAUGGAAAACAAGGUGAAUUAUAUAGUGACCUGGCUGAGUGUCGUGGGACCUGUCGUUGGCUUGGAGGUCCCUCUGAGCUACAGCACGGCUGUGUCUGCUCCAGAUUGAAGCUUCAUUGCGCCAGCAUCCGGAGGUCAAACACACUCUCCCUGUUGAUCCCAGACUGCACUGGCACUGAGGAUGUUUAGUGGACACCUAUGAACCUGCCGAGGGUCUCGGAGGAGCCAAAGAGGGGCCAUAAGUCUUGUUAGGAAUGCUUGAACAUUUCUAAUAUUCUUAUCAAGUCUCCAGGUCUUCUAUCGAUUAAGUUCAAAGGCUUGCUCAGGAUGGUUCUUAACUGUUCUAAUAAAUUAAGAACGAUUAAGCUUUAACGAUUAAGAUUAAGAAAUUGUGCUGAAAGGAUAUGUACAUAUAUAGGGAUUAUAUAGGAUAUGUACAUAUAUAGGGAAAGGAUAUGUACAUAUAUAGGGAAUAUUCCGGCAGGCAACAUGCUAACCAGCCAAAUCUUGACCUUGAUCUUGUUUUAAAUAGUAAAAAAGAUAAGGGAGUAUCCACUGCUUUUUUUUUAGCUAAUCAGAAAUGUAAAUAUAUAUGCUUUUUAAAGGAAUAUUCCGGGUUCAAUACAAGACAGAGUUUGUGGCAUAAUGUUGAUUAUGUCAAAUAAUGAUUCUGAAAAAGAAAAAACUAAAUCUGGGUUACGGUGAGGCAUCUACAAUAGAAGAGAAUGGGGCAAAUCAAUAAACAUUAAAAUACUCACUGUUUUAAAAGUAAAGCCACAAUACGUAAACAACAUGAAUGUUAACAAGAUUAUAGUGUGAUAAAAUCACUUACUAACCUUUUCUGUGUAAAGUUAUAGCCAAUUUUACAACUAUUUGCCAUGAUGACAUUCAGUAAACCCUGAAACAACCAUAAAAAUUAUGAUUUAAACAACUUUACAGCUCAAAUAAUACACAAGUUUUAACAAUAGAAAUAAUGGAAGUGAUUUUAUAAAAUUAUUAGCUUAACAUUUCUGCCUUGAACACUCCAGAAAUUGGCCCUUUUCACUUCCAUUGUAAGUGCCUCACUGUAACCUCGCUUUUUGAAUUUUUGUUUAUUUUUCAUAAAGGAAGGACAAAUCAAAAUAAUGUUUUGUGGCUAAUCAACACCAUGUCACAAAUGCUGUUAAUUGAGUUUAUCUUGUAUUGAACCUGGAUUAAGAUUAAAGAUUAAAGACUUAAGAUUAAAAAAGCGAGCAAUAUUUUUUAAUCUUUGCUUUGCAAAAAAUGCUUUAAAGAAACUGUGUGUGCGUGCAAAUUGAACAUUUUCAAUAAUGCUUUUUCAAUAUUAGUCUGCGAGUCUUUGCCUUCCAACUGCGUAGGUGUGUGUGACUCAAUAUAUUUUUCCGUGCUGUUAGGGUAUUGUGAAGUGGGCUGCGUUUGGCCUAUUUUAGAUCUUUAAGAAACCUGAAAUCAAACUGAGACUUGCAUCUUAUAAGCAGGCAGCGUAUAUGGUGAAGUAUUUUUUUGUUUGUUUGUUUGUUUGUUGUUGUUGUUGUUGUUGUUGUUGUUAACUGAAGAAUUGGAAUGGAAUUGAAUCCUUGGCUGUCGACUCCCUCUGAAACCUGUCUGUCUGAUCUUUAGUCUGAAACAGAGUUGAGUUUAGAGUCCAGAGUUUGACAGAAGACGGUGAAAGUCCUCACUCAGCAUAUAUAAAUGGGGAGAGCAUCACUCUGGGGACUUUAACAGUGUUGGUAAGGAGGUCAGCCUGCUACCCGAAGCAUCUCGCUCUAACAGGCAGACAAAAAUAAUGGGAGAGAAGAGAGAGAGAGAGAGAUUGCAGUUGGAAAAUAUUAACUACUUUUAUUAAAAUAUUAAACUGGCCUAUCAUUCUGUUAUCAUUUUAUGUCAUUCAAAGCUUGUAUUUGUUUUCUUGAAUCUUGUGAAAAAGUUUGUUACAGCAGUAAAGGCACCAUAAAAGUAGUGCAUAAGAUUGUAUACUAUGUACAAUAUAUAAGUCUAUAGACUAUAUACAGUGUAUAAGAAUAGACUCAAAUUGAAGUCGUUAUUUGAUGAAAACAAAUAUCCUUCGCUGUAGCUUGCAUUCAGCUCGUCAUAUUUGAUGCUCGACAGCCCCAGUCACCAUUCACUGCACAUACCGAAGUGAAUUAGUUUUGUACAGACCUCAAUAUUGUUAUAAUUACAUCUGGAGGAGUUUUUACAUUAGAGAAAAGGAAAUUAAAGUUGCCUCAAAAAAACAAAUACUCCUUUAUUUUCCUUGUUACACUGGAGGUGUUUGUUAAUGGAGUCUGGGAUUUAAAUUGGUGUGAAAUGCCACCAGUAGCCUGUACAAGCCGCUGCUGACAUCUGUUGGUCAGAGUAUGGUGUUGUAAUUUACACGCAUGUCCACAAGAGGCCAUUGACCAAACAGCAACUUGAUUCCUAUCCACAAAAAGUGUUUGGGGCAACGCUUAAAUAAUUUAGUUGCACUAGAUAAUAAAUCAUCAAACAAAGUGGCAUUUAUUUAAAUGAAGAUACCACUAGCACACUUUUUAAGCAAAUUAAAAAUUAAGUAUUUAUUUGCAAAAAUUGCUCAUAAAAGUUCAUAUUUUCUUUGUAGAAGCCACUUGGUUUCAUAGUUUGUUAUGUACUGCAAAAAAAAUAUUUUAAGUGUCCGAAUGGGUUGUGGGGCCACUAUAUCUACUGGAGAACUUCCUGACAAUUAGUUUUUGUUAGUAUUUGGUUGCAUUGCCUUGUUUAACUUGGGUCAAGCAUUUUGGGUAGCCUUCCACAAGCUUCUCACAAUAAGUUGCUGAAUUUUGGCGCAUUCCUCCAGACAGAACUGGUGUAUCUGAGUCAGGUUUGCAGGCCUCCUCGCUCCCACUCACUUUUUCAAUUCUGCCCACAAUUGUUCUAUCAGAUUGCGGUCAGGUCCUUGUGAUGGCCACUGCAAUACUAUGACUUGUUGAACUUUGGAGGCAUGCUUGGGGUCAUUGUCCAUUUGAAAGACCCAUUUGCAACAGAGCUUUAUCUUCAUGGCUGAUGUCUUGAGAUGCUACUUCAAUAUUUCCACAUAAUUUUACUUCCUCAUGAUGCCAUCUUUUAUGGAAAGCGCACCAGUCCCUCCUGCAACAAAGCACCCUCACAACAUGAUGCUGCCACCCCCAUGCUUCACGGUUGGGAUGGUGUUCUUCGGCUUGCAAGCCUCACCCUUUUUCCUCCAAACACAAUGAUGGUCAUUAUGGCCAAAAUGUAGUCUGGCUGUAGUCUGGCUUUUUUAUGGUGGUUUUGGAGCAGUGGCUUCUUCAUUGCUGAGCAGCCUUUCAGGUUAUGUCGAUAUAGGACUCGUUUUACUGUGGAUAUAGAUACUUGUCUACCUGUUUCAUCCAGCAUCUUCACAAGGUCCUUUGCUGUUGUUCUGGGAUUGAUUUUCACUUUUCGCACCAAACUCCAUUCACCUCUAGGAGACAGAAUGCGUCUCCUUCCUGAGCGGUAUGAUGGCUGUGUGGUCCCAUGGUGUUUAUUUAUCCUUGCGUACUUUUGUUUGUACAGAUGAACGUGGUACCUUUAGGCAUUUGUAAAUGGCUCCCAAGGAUGAACCAGACUUGUGGAGGUCCACAAUUUUUAUUUCUUGGCUGAUUUGCUUUGAUUUUCCCAUGAUGUCAAGCAAAGUACUCCAAUUCAGUACACCACAACACUUCAUAUUUAUUUAUUUCCACUGAUUACAUGGUGAUAUUAUUAUUAUUAUUAUUUAUUUUUUGGUAAACAGUCUUCUUAUUUUCUGUAUAUUGUAUAUUAUUAGGUGUAUAUUGUGUUGUGUAACAGAUGUGUAAACUGUGUUAUGUGUAAAUCAGAUGUUUAUUGUAAUUGACAUACUGCUAUGUUGCUUGGAACCGCACCCAAGACGUUCACCCACUGUUGCACUUGUGCAUAUGGUUGAGUGACACUAAAGAGUUUUGAUUUGAUUUUGAUUGAUUUGAUUGACCUCCAAUCAGAAGCUAAGUGGCUAAUUGUCUAAAGGCUUGACAUAAUUUUCUGGAAUUUUCUAUGCUGCUUAAAGGCACAGUUAACUUAGUGUAUGUAAUUUCUCACCCACUGGAUUUGUGAUAAAGUCAAUCAAAAGUAAAACAAUCUGUCUGUAAACAGUUGUUGGAAAAAUUACUCAUGUCAUGCACAAAGUAGAUGUCCUAAACGAUUAGCCAAAACUAUAGUUUGCUAAAUUAUAUGAAAUCCAUGGAGUGGUUAAAAAAUGAGUUUUAAUGACUUCAACCUAAAUGUAUGUAAACUUCUGACUUCAUCUGUAUAGAUAGAUAGAUCU